AUGUGGAACAUCCACAUGUACGUGCUGAUCUACAUGUUCUUGUUCCUGCCGACGCUGCCGGAGGCGAUAUGCUACGUCCAGGAAAACCCGGGCACGGCCCUCCAGGUCGCCAUCAUGCUCCUGUCCGCGCUGUACUUCAUCUGGAGCCUCUACUGGCAUUAUGCUAGGUUCUUUCCUUUGUGCGAGUAG